GCGACAGCGGGCAUUGGUUUUCAUUUUUCUCCUUUCGACAACGGCCAUCUCGUUUACCCACGGGUUUUGUUUUGUUUCUUUUGUGCAGUCCACCCACCUUUUUCUGACUUGCGAUGCGUGCCGCCAUGCACGGGAAGGCCGGCGUGAUGCUGGCGCUCGUGUGCGUGCUGGCCGUGGCCCUCAAGGCGUCUGCGCAGUGCCCAUAUGUGUCAGAGGCCGAGGAAUUGCCCGACCACCCGCGCCCCGUUGAGUACCAGGGAUGGGACGGUUUCUACAACAACCUCGCACACCCAGAGUGGGGUGUCGCCGACUCCAACCUCCUCCGUAUCCUGCCCCCCAAGUACGCGGAUGGCCAGUAUGCGCCGUCCAACCCUGACGGCCCGAACCCGCGGUCCGUGUCCGAGGCGACGAUGGCCGGCAACACGGGCAUCAUCCCCGACAUUCCGCGCACCGUCUUCUGGACCCACUACGGCCAGCAGGUUGUGGAGGAGAUUCUGGAUGCGCAGCGCAACCCGUGCGUGCCGGAGUACGUGAACAUCCCGCUGCCCGACGGCGACUCACUCUACACCAACUACACGCAGGGGUUCAUCCCGCUGCCACGCGCGCGCUUCAACUACCGCACGGGCUGGGCGCCCUCUGUGCCGCGCGAGCAGCUGACGGAGAUUUCCGCGUUUAUCGACGGCACGCUCAUGUACGGGCCCAACAAGCCCUGGGCAGACUCGAUCCGCUCGUUUGAGGGCGGACGCCUGCGCUCCAAGGCCGACGGCAAGCGCGCGCGCGGGCUGGCCGUCUCCAGCAGCGUGGAGGAACACCUCCCGGACACCAACUGGCUCGGCCUGCCCGUGGCCAACCCGCCCGCGCCCUUUUACGGCAAGCUGCAGUCUGCGGCGCGCCUGUACCUGCUGGGCAACCCGCGCACCAACGAGAACCCGUUUCUGCUGUCCAUGGGCAUUCUGUGGUUCCGCGAGCACAACUACCACGCCGACAGGCUGGCGGCGGAGAACCCGACGUGGACGGACGAGGAGCUGUUCCUGGAGGCGCGCAAGUGGACCAUUGCCAUGCACCAGAAGGUGACGCUGUACGAGUGGCUGCCGCUCGUGGUGCACAACAGCAGCGCGCGCUACAGCGAGCUGGUGGACGCCAACGGCGACUCUGCCUACUCGGGCUACAAGGACUACGUCAACCCGCAGAUUUCGCACGUGUUCCAGUCGGCGGCCAUGCGCAUCGGCCACACGUUUGUCACCCCGGGCGUGCACCGCCGCACGGCGUCGUGCGACUUUUACGAGGAGACGGCCGGGGAUGGCACCAAGAGCUACCCGCGCGCCAUCCGCACGUGCAACUCGUACUUCCGCCCGGAGGAGUUUAUCGACGAGUACGACAACUCGUUUGAGGAGCUGGUCAUGGGCAUGACGUCGCAGCUGACGGAGAGGGAGGACAACAUCAUCACGGAGGAUCUGCGCGGGUUUGUGUUUGGCCCGCUCGAGGCGACGCGCCGCGACCUCAUGGCCAUCAACAUCCAGCGUGCGCGCGACCACGGCCUGCCCUCGUACAACGACGCCCGCAUCCACUUUGGCCUGGCGCCCAUCACGGACUUUUCCGACCUCCCCGUGAGCGCGGACCUGGUCACGGCCACGCGCGAGGUGUACGGCGACGAGCUGGAGCACUUUGACAUCUGGACGGGCGGCCUGCUCGAGUCGGAGGCCUUUGACGGCCCCGGCGAGCUGUUCUCCGCCAUCAUCCUGGACCAGUUCCUGCGCAUCCGCGACGGCGACCGCUUCUGGUUUGAGAACGAGCUCAACGGCCUGUUCACCGACGAGGAGCGCGAGCUCAUCUUCAACACGACCAUCCACGACAUUAUCGUGCGCAACUCGCGCGGCGUCAUCACCACGGACGACAUCCCGGCCAACCCGUUCCUCUUCCAGGCCGGCGACCCUUGCCCGCAGCCGGAGCCGGAGCCUGGCCGCCAGCUCUCCCAGACGGACUUGGAGCCUUGCACCAACCCGCAGACCUACGACUACUUUCAGCGCUCGUACGACAUUGGCAGCCUGCCACUCACGGUGGCGCUCGGGCUCGGUGGCACCGUCGUGCUCGCCCUCGGACUGAUGAUCUUCUUUGUGCGCCGCGGACGCAAGCAACGCCAGCUCCUGCGGGAGACGGCCGGCACCAUCCGGCAGCAGGCCGCGUCCACGCGCCGCUCAUCCCACCGCCCCGGCGCCGAGGCCGUGCGCGAGGGCAACAGGGCCAUCCGCGACGAGCUGGCGGAGCUGGACAUGCCCGACGAGUCUGUGCCGGACGACCGGCGGCACCUGUUCAAGGCGCGCAUCCGCUCGCACGGGUUCCUGAGCAACACCAACCUGGAGGUGGUCUACGUCGGUGUGAUCCACGAGCGCGACGGCGACCAGGUGGGCGCGUCGGUUGUGGUGUACAACCGGGACGGCGAGGUGCUGCAGUCUGUGCCCGUGAACGACGUGCGCGCGUUCCACACGGGCCCGCUGUACCGCUCGGUGUACCUGUCGUGCCAGUCUGGCGUGGGCACGUCGCUCAUCUUCAACGCGCUCAACGGCGCCAAGUUUACGGUGAAGCUGGAGCAGGGCCUGGACGACUCGCACGCGCCGAUUGAGGCCGUGGUGCACGCCACGGACGACGACAUUCUGGAGGUGUCCGCGCGCGAGUCGACGGCGGCGCGCACGCGCAUCAACGACGCGAUUGAGUACGCGCUCAACGGCGUGUUUGCCAACUCGGACCCGGACUUCCGCGCCACGCAGCGCCGCCACGGCGGCGGGCAGGACGCCGGCACCACCGACCAGGACCACGAGCGCGUGCUGCGCAACCUGCGCCUGUCGCAGUUUGAGUUUGCCGGGCUCAUUGGCCUGCCCUCGGAGCACGAGUUUGUCAUCUCCCUGUUCAACUUUGCCGACUUCAACGGCGACGGGUACCUGUCGGCGUCUGAGAUUAUCCAGGUGCUCAAGCCCUUCUCGGAGAGCGACCCCACGCGCCGCUCCUCGCUGCUGUUUGACUUUUACGACAAGGACCACAGCGGCAUGCUCGACCUGGACGAGCUGCGCGAGUUUAUCAUCUCCCUGUACGCGCUCACGGGCCUGGACGACCUCUCGGACGAGCAGGCCGACACGCUCCUCAAGACCAUCUUUGGCGAGCACGCCAUGCAGACGGGCGUCAACCGCGAGCAGUUUGUCUCGGACAUUGCCCAGCAGCCCCACCUGCAGGACGCCCUGGACCGCCUCCUCCCCGGCGCCAAGCCCAAGAAGGACCGCCACGCCGCCGCCGCCGCCGAUGCAGCAGCAGGGGCAGAGGACGACGACGAGCGCGACGACGUGCAGGAGCGCAAGGGCUGGCUGCUGCGCUGGUCCGACUACGUGGCGGCCAACCGCCUCGACUGCUUCUGGUUUAUGGCGUUUAUGGUCUCCACCGCCCUCAUCUUCUACGAGCGCUUCUGGCGCUACGAGAUUGUCCGCCUGCACGGCGGCCUGCGCGCCAUCACCGGGUACGGCGUCGCCACCACCCGCGGCGGCGCCUCCGCCAUGAUGUGGACCUUCUCCCUCGCCGUCCUCCCGCUCUGCCGCAACACGCUCACCUUCCUCCGCGGCACCUUCGUCGCCAAGGUCCUCCCGCUCGACUCGGCCAUCGAGUUCCACAAGCUCGCCGCAAAGACGGGCUUCCUCUUCGUCUGCGUCCACCUCAUCGGCCACGUCAUCAACUUCUACAACAUCAGCACCCAGCCAGCCGCAGACGUCGGCUGCCUCUUCCGCCAGGUCUUCUGGACCUCGGACUUCCUCCCCCAUUUCGGCUGGUGGGUCUUCCAGACCGUCACCGGCCUCUCCGGCUUCCUCCUCACCCUCGUCUGCAUCUUCAUGUUCAUCUUCUCCCUCCAAAUCGUCAGGAGAAGCUCCUUCGCAGUCUUCUGGAGCGUCCACCACCUCUGGGUCCUCUUCUUCGCCCUCCUCUACCUCCACGGUGCGGCGAGGCUGGUGCAAGAACCAUUUACCUACUUUUUCGCCACAGGGCCUUUGGUCCUGCUCGCCAUUGACAAGCUGAUUUCGCUGUCUCGGUCGCACCACGACCUGAACGUGCAGGAAGCGCUGCUGCUCCCGUCUGGCGUGCUGUGCCUGCAGAUGGACAAGCCCCCGGGCUUUGAGGCCAUGCAGUCUGGCCAGUGGCUUCGCCUCAAGUGCACGGCCGUCUCCAAGUACGAGUGGCAUCCCUUCACCAUCUCCUCGGCCCCACAGGAGAACUUUGUCUCCGUGCACAUUCGCAGCGCAGGCCCUUGGACCACCAAACUUCGCCAGGUCUUUGCCGAGGCCAAGUCCACGGGCGCCGACCUCCCAACCGUGCAGCUCGAGGGCCCCUUUGGCGAGAUUCACCAGGACUGGCUCAACUCGAGCGUGGCCGUCUUUGUUGGUGGUGGCAUUGGCGUCACCCCGUACGCCUCCAUUCUCCAGGACCUUGCCUGGCGGUACCACAACAACCAGAACGUGUCGCUGCGGCACAUCCACUUUAUCUGGGUGACGCGCACGCAGAAGGAGUACGAGUGGAUGGUUGAGCUGAUCCGCGAGGUGCAGGCCGAGAUUCCGGACGACGUGCUGACCGUCGACGUGUACAUCACGCAGGGCAAGCGCGACUACGACCUCCGCACCUCGCUCAUGUUCAUGUUUGAGCGCAACCACAUUGAGGGCAGCAAGGUCUCGCUGCUCACGGGCCUGCGCGCCACCACCAACUUCCAGCGGCCCAACUUUGAGAAGAUCCUGCCCGCCCUGCGCGACCAGUUUGAUCCUCUCCCCAUCUCCAUCUACACGUGCGGCCCGCCGGCCCUGGCCAACGCCGUCGAGAACGGCACCCGCAGCACCAACGAGUCGGAGGCCACCAGCGUCCCGCUGCGCCACCACUUUGUCUCCUUCUAAGCGCAAGCGCGAAGGGGGCCCGCGUGGUGCUCGUGUGUUUGCACUGCGCACUUUGUGUGUUGUGGUGUUGUGUUUGUUUUCUUUCCCCCCUCUUUUGUUGGGUUGCCUUCCCUCUGUGUGCGCGCGAGUGUGUGUGGUGUGGUGUGUGGUGUGAUGUGAUGUGAGAACCAUCAACUAUCGCAUCACCUUUCACCUUUCACCUUGUUCCCGUGCACGCGGCUGUUGUUGUUGUUGCUGUUGUUUCUUCUCUGUUCUUUUGCUGCUCUCACGAUGGCGUGGAUGGCGUCUUUGUACGUCGCCCCCACUGGUGGUGGUGCUUUGCAAUGGCACUGCCACCAUCGUGCGUGUGCUUGCGUUUUGUUCCUUCCUACAACGCCCCAACAAUGAACAGACAGACAACAACUGGUCGUCAAC